CGCACGUAUAAAUAGAGUGAACCUAACCUUUGUGCCGAUUUAUUUAAUAAUAACGUGUCUCGUGAUUGAUAUAUUUGUCGCAUUAGGGACUGAUUGUGAGGUGUCUUCUCAAGUACCACUAGCGCGGCAAAAGACUGUGUAACUGAUUGUGAGUGUGCACGAUCGGUGACGUAUGUUUUGUAAUGUAAUAAAAUAUAACUCUUGUGACAGAUCUCGGAUCGAUAUCUCGGUCCGAGAACCGUGUAGUGCAAUCGUUGUGAUAAACAGUAUGAGGUAUUUAACACUACAAAAGCACAGCUGAUAGAUGAUGCAUCGGGAAUCCCCCGAGUCCUGAGCCACUGUUGGCGUUGUUGCCACUUGCCAUAGGACAACGAUGGAAACGAAGGAUGCAUCGGGUGUGGUUAUGGAUGUCGCGUAGUUUGUUCUUGUAAUUUUAGAAUUCUUUGAAAUAAUACGCGGCUCAUGCGGUAUCGCGAUGAUUCAUCUGUGAAUGUCCAAUUCGGCGUUUCGAUAGUAUACUUGGCGAUUAAAAAAAAUAUUUACUUUCAUCAUGGAGAAGGGACACGCAAGCUGGAACCCCAUGUAUUGCACAGCACCUGCAUUAGCGCCGAGAUUUACGUUGCCGCAAAUUACUAUCCCACCACAUUUACAUGCUGCAUUAAAAAACAUAUAUCUAAAAUCGAAUUGUCUUGUUGAUUCGAGUCUGUGUAACAAUUACAUGAGGUUUAUUGAAAGUUUGCCCAAUGUACAAAAAAUAACCUAUUCGGGUUAUUUGAUCACGUGGAAAACGUGCUUGUACCUAAUACACUUUGACGAAGAUCUUAAAUUGAAACAGUACACACGGUUUAAUUAUGCAGUUAAGAAAUCUGAACAUGAUAACGAUCAUUUUAUUAUUAGUAUGAAAUAUGUGAACAGUGAUUUUCACGUAAUUAAGUCAAAUUUGAAUGUGACUCUUAAGGAAACUGUUACAAACAAAGUAGUUGUGGCCAGAGUUAUGGAAGUGCAAGGAAAGGAUGUAAUAAUCAAAGCCUUGUGUCCUAUGGAUGCAAAAAUAUUGGGAAACGAGAACAGUAAAUUUGAUAUAAAUUUCUGGGAUGUACAUUGGUCAUUGAGAUGCUGUCAUUAUGCAUUAUCGAUAUUAAGUACAUGCAAUUGGAUUGAGAUUGCGUACCCACGAGCACGGACCGCUUGCACAGAUAUGGAAAUUGAUAUCGAAUGGAUAAAUACUAAUAUGAAGGAGAAUGAACGACAGAAGCAAGCGGUGAGGAAGAUACUGAGUAAGACGAGCCACCCUGCACCUUAUAUAAUUUUUGGUCCCCCAGGUACCGGAAAAACAGCGACAUUAGUUGAAGCUAUAUGUCAGAUUCUUACGCAACUUCCGACGGAAAAUAUAUUAGUGUGCACGGCAUCUAAUGCGGCAGCUGAUGAAAUCACGAAAAGAUUGAUUGAAUACAUUCCAAAAAAACUAAUAUAUCGAAUGUAUGCUCCAUCUAGAGAAAGAUCGACUGUGGACAAACAAAUUCAACCUUGCGCGAAUUUUGUUGGAGAUACUACUGUUUUUCUGUCAAAAGAAUUACUGUUGCUGAAAAAAGUUGUCAUUACAACAUUAGUAUCAUCCACAAGAUUGAUUCGUAUAAAUUUCCGGGAAAAUCAUUUUUCCUACAUAAUUAUUGACGAGGCAAGUCAAGCGAUUGAACCAGAAAUGUUGAUUCCUCUUAUAAUAACUAAAGCAUCUGAAGGUGAGAAAACUGGAUUUCAACCACAAGUUGUUAUCGCAGGUGAUCCUUAUCAAUUGGGACCUGUUGUUUGUUGCAAAAGGAUUGAGCAUCUUCUUGGAAGAUCUAUGUUGGAAAGAUUAAUGAAUGAUUGCGAUCCAUACAAAAAGCAGGAUGGAAAAUAUAAUUCGAACUACAUAACGAAAUUAGUUAAAAAUUACCGUAGUCACGAAAGCCUUUUAUAUGUGUCAAAUAAACAAUUUUAUGACAAUGAAUUAGAGAUGUGCGGAGGAGCCGAUACACGAAUGGCAUUGAAUUGGUCGCAAUUGCCCAAUAAAAAUUUUCCUAUGAUAUUUCAAGAAGUUUUAGGCACAGAAAAAAGGACUGCAACCCACAGUGCCUGUAACACGGCCGAGGUACUGGCAGUACUGAUGUAUGUAGAUAUGUUGAUCAAGACGGGAUUUGUAAAACGUGCAAUAAUACCAAAGGAUAUCGGGAUAGUAACGCCUUUUAAACAACAGCAACAAGAUAUUAGUCGUCACUUAACAGCUAUGAACUUGAAAGACAUAACUGUAGGAACAGUUGAAACAUUUCAAGGACAAGAACGAAACGUAAUGAUAUUGUCGACGGUACGAUCUCAAAUCUUCGAACACGAUGGCAAGGAACACAUUGGUUUCUUAUCCAGUGCAAAGAGAUUUAAUGUCGCUUUAACACGUGCCAAAGCACUUAUGAUAAUAAUAGGAAAUCCAAAUAUACUCUGCACAAAUAAACAUUGGAAGGUACUUGUGAAGUAUUGUGAAGAACAUAACGCAUAUAUUCCUUUUAAACAGUUGCCAUUAAACGAGGAGAUAGUGGCAAAAUUAAAAAGGAAUACUAAAGUUACGUUAUAUAAUCGUAGCGGCGCAAAAAAUACAACGAAAUUGUCCGUUACCUUAGAGCAGAAGGAGGAAAUAGAAACAUUCGAUAAAAUUGUGCGUAAAAUUAAAGAUUUAAAGUUAAACAGAGGAAACAACUGAUUCAUAUUAGUUUUGCAUCAAAUGCAUUUUAUGCUACGGAACGAAUAUAUCUCUUUUAAUAAACUCUUUGUUUUAUUAACGUUUUAAUUUGAUCAUCUUCAAGUUACUUUAAAAAAAAAGUAAAAAUUAGUAUUUAGUGUUAAUGAAAUAGUUAAGCAUCAUUGUUUUUGUUAUCCAAAGAAGGCAAGUCUUAGGGAGUAUCAAGUUUUAAAGAUUAUAUUGGUAAGUUAAUCACAGUACAAAAUAUCAGUAUUGUUAAACACUAAGUACAGGUUAAUGUUCCUCCAAUAUUUGUUUUAUCUUGUAAGCAGAUCAAUUACAUAUUUAUAUAAAAAGCUUUUUCUUAAAAAUCAUUAUUUUCGAAGGUAAUAUACGAUAUGAAAUAAUUUUAUGAAUGUGAGGCUAUGGGAUGAGAUAGCAUUACAACAUAUAAUGGUAUACAAUUAAAAAAUAUAUAAUUUUUAAACGGGAUUUUAUGUAAUAUAGUUUUUGUAUACUUUUGCGUUGGUCAUAUAAUUUAAAAAUAAAUUUUGAUGUAAAGAAUUCUUGAUUUUUCUGGAUCAUAAGUUUGUAAUUUUAACUAUAACUCGUCGAGUCAUCUUGAUAUGUGUUUUAGAAAUGAGUUUUAUACUGCGAUUUUGUAUUACAUUAUUGUAACCAUUCGAAACAUACAGACAUCUGUAUCAAUCGAUUGAAAUAAAAACAGUAUACUUUUGUAAAAAA